CUUUUACAGCAUCACUGACGUCAAGUGACAAACACCAGGCGUCGCCGGAAUUACAGUUUAGAUAAAUACUCCGUCCAAUUUCCACAAAAUGCCAACAGUACUGAAGAAAAUCCUAUUACUAGGAUGACGUGUUGUUUUGGUGUAAAGCGACAGCUGACUGCUGCCCAGCUGAAGUCUUCGCAGUGGCCGGCACAUCUGACAUGUCAAGCUGUGAACUCUCGCGAGGUUUACUGACGUGUUGGUGUUGGUUGGUGCAAAAAGAAAAAAAAAAACAGCGCAGCUUGUCUUCCUUCUUUCUGUCUACAGAAAUAUGAACACAGACCCAUAGACAGGCCCGGUGGAAACCCGCUCCAAAAUCUUCGUGAAUAAGGCGAGGAGCCCGAUAGCAGCUGUGCACGGUAUUUUAAAACGAUCUGAUGUGAUCUUGAGCAGAGCCCAGCCUGGUUUCUGUCCGUUUCAUACAUUUGUGACAGGACGAGGCCUCUCCCUUCCAUCUACCUGGACUGGGAAAUAAAGGGACAGGAACAUUUUGGAGUUACCCCGUGUUUGAUUGGGUGGCAUUUCUUUUUUUUUCUCUGUCACUUUCAUUUCCGUUGCCGAACAUUCAGAAGAGUUCAGUGGAAAACGGGGUUAUUUCGGGGGGCUUUUGCAUGAGCUAAAUGGCGUCAGACACCAGUGACACAGAAGAGUUUUAUGACGCUGCCGAAGAUGUCAACCUGAUUCCUUCUCCAUCUGUGUCACCGGCAAAAUUUGUUCUUCCCCCGGCAAAGGAGAGCCAAGAGAGAAGAGUGCAGGAUGCUGUCCCAGACUCCCAACAGCAAGAAGAGAAACCAGAUGACCCUAUUGAGAUUAUCGACAGCAUCAUUGAAGAAAGCCAGAAAGACAGCACUACUGGGGAUUCAUUGCUGGUGGCAGUUAAACAAGACUUUGGAGAUGAGAGUCCAGGUCCCUCAGACUUAGGGUCAGAGCUGCAGAACAGGAAUGCAGAGUCUGUAAAAGAGCAGCUGCCUCACGAAGGCGACAAAGAGCCUGUGGACCGCAGCCAAGGUCAGGACUCUCAGGACGGGCUCAGCAACGAUGCGACACAGACUCCCUGUCCAGUAGAGGACCAUCCCAAGACUGAACGGAUGUCGGAGGCCAUGAAGCCUCCAGACAUCACCAGUGCCAUCGCUAAGGAGAAGCCCUGCACGCUAGUGCCGGACAACCGCGCCGACGGAGUCCCGGAACCCAGAAAGGCAGACAUUUUAGAGCAGUUCACCAUGGCAGAUGACCUGCCUGACAAAGACUCCUCGGCCCCAGCCAAACCCCCCAGGCAGUUCACCGUGGAGCCUGACAUUGUGGCCAGUACCAAGAAACUCCCUCCGGCACGACCCCGUCCGCCUUCGGGCGCCCCUCCACCCCGGCCUCCCCCCCCGACGCGCCCCGCUCCUCCACCCCGGAAGAAGAAGAGUGACCUCGGACCAGAGUCACUGCGGCCGUCCGGGCUGGAAGUCCUUGGAGACACAGUUGAAUCCAGUGGCCUGGUGUCUCCGAAUACUGCGGUGGAAUCUAUUACCAAGGAGCUACAGCAUUCACUAGACUUGGCCAGCGCCACCAGUGGAGAUAAGGUGGUCACAGCUCAGGAAAAUGGCAAGGCAGCAGAUGGACAGAUGUCCACAUCAGCUGGAAGUGAAACCCCAGGACCCCAGAGGCCGCGGUCAAACUCAGGGCGCGAGCUAACAGACGAGGAAAUUUUAGCAAGUGUAAUGAUUAAAAACCUGGACACUGGAGAGGAAAUCCCACUGAGCUUAGCAGAGGAGAAGCUGCCAACUGGUAUCAACCCCCUCACGCUGCACAUCAUGAGAAGAACCAAAGAAUAUGUCACCAAUGACGCAGCUCAGUCAGAUGAUGAAGAUAAAUCACAGAGCCACUUAACAGACAAUGAUGGUGGGAAGCUAAAACAGAAAACUACCCAGCUAAAGAAGUUUUUGGGCAAGUCUGUGAAGAGAGCUAAACACCUGGCUGAAGAGUAUGGUGAGAGGGCAGUCAAUAAGGUGAAGAGUGUGCGGGAUGAAGUGUUCCACACUGACCAGGAUGACCCUUCCUCUAGUGAUGAUGAGGGAAUGCCCUACACCAGGCCUGUCAAAUUCAAGGCUGCUCAUGGGUUCAAAGGCCCCUUUGACUUUGACCAAAUCAAAGUUGUCCAGGAUUUGAGUGGAGAGCACAUGGGUGCUGUGUGGACAAUGAAGUUUUCUCACUGUGGUAGAUUAUUAGCAACCGCUGGACAGGAUAAUGUUGUCCGAAUAUGGGUACUAAAAAACGCCUUUGACUACUUCAACAACAUGAGGAUAAAGUACAACACUGAAGGUCGUGUGUCUCCUUCGCCAUCUCAAGAAAGCUUAAGUUCUUCAAAAUCAGAUACAGAAACUGGAGUUAACAGCACCCCUGAGGAUCCAGAUCUUGAAGAUAAGAACGUUCCCUUCAGGCAACUCCCAUUCUGCAAAUACAAGGGGCACACUGCAGACCUGCUUGACCUCUCCUGGUCAAAGAACUAUUUCUUGCUCUCAUCAUCGAUGGACAAGACAGUGAGAUUGUGGCACAUAUCGAGGAGAGAAUGCUUGUGCUGCUUUCAGCACAUUGACUUUGUCACUGCUAUUGCGUUUCAUCCAAGAGAUGACCGGUACUUCUUGAGUGGGUCUCUGGACGGGAAGCUCCGUCUGUGGAAUAUUCCUGACAAGAAGGUGGCACUGUGGAACGAGGUGGACGGUCAGACCAGGCUAAUCACAGCCGCCAACUUCUGUCAGAAUGGAAAGUACGCUGUCAUUGGGACGUAUGACGGACGAUGCAUAUUUUACGACACAGAGCAUCUUAAAUACCACACUCAGAUUCAUGUAAGAUCUACAAGAGGAAGAAACCGAGUGGGCAGAAAAAUCACUGGUAUUGAGCCAUUACCUGGAGAGAACAAGAUUUUAGUGACCUCAAAUGAUUCCAGAAUCCGCCUGUAUGACCUAAGGGAUCUGUCCCUCUCCAUGAAAUACAAGGGGUAUGUCAACAGUAGCAGUCAAAUCAAAGCCAGUUUCAGUCAUGACUAUUCGUUCAUAAUCAGUGGCUCUGAGGAUAAAUAUGUAUACAUUUGGAGUACAUACCAUGACUUGAGUAAAUUUACCUCCGUCCGGCGAGAUCGCAAUGACUUCUGGGAGGGAAUCAAAGCCCACAAUGCAGUAGUGACAUCAGCUAUCUUUGCACCAAACCCCAGCUUGAUCGUGUCACCAGAUGUGGCCACAGAGAGACCGGAGGGAGAGUGCAAAAACGCAGAAACAGCUGAAAACGAAAGCAUCCCUUCAGGUGCUCUGAAAACUGACCACACUGAGGUGCUGUUGUCUGCAGAUUUCACUGGUGCAAUAAAGGUGUUUGUGAACAGGAAAAAAAUCUGAGUACCGAAACUCACCCACCCACCACCGUCCCCCCUGCAAAACAGAUAGGCUUCCUCUUUUCUACAGUAUUCCCCAGUGAAGACGCCUAAUGUACAGUUACUAUGUGACAAACCAUGUGGAGUAUUAAGCAAAGUGUUACACUGUUUACUAAUAAAUGUCACAUCCAUUGAAGAACAAUGUUGUGAGGAAGUGUUCAGUACAAGAUGUGGGAAUACAGGAAAAUAGAUAUGUAUGUAGGAAGACUGGAAUAAAAACAUGGAAAGAUGAAGAACUGGUUAAUUUGUCUUUCCUGAUUACUGGCCCAGAGAAAGGCAUUACCUUGAACAAAUGUGUAAAUGCAAAUGGAUGGGAAUUACUGAGGUCAAUUAAUAUUAACGUCUGAAACCUGUUAGGAUUUAGGCAUAAGCACCACAAAAAAAAAAAUAAACGUCUCAAUAAAAUUAGGAUAUUCAUUAAAAAUCAGGUUAUACUGGAUCAGUAUACACUUUCUCACUGGAAUAAAAUGCAGCAGAAACUGAUCACUUGAUUCAUUGUGUAGUCUCAGCUUAACAUAACGCAUACAGUAUGUUUUUGGUUCCUUUUUUUGUUUGUUGUUAACAUCUUUAUCCGGGAGAGAUCACCGAUGUGUUCAAUCUUGCAGUACUUGCACCAGCUGAAUUCUUUUGGUUAAAAUCUUUAAUUUGUGUAAUGUAUUAGUGUUUAUUUCAAAAUUGUAAAGAUGAACUCUUAUGAUUUUUUAUAAUUGUUUAUUCUUACUGUUGUUAGUAAUGGCUUCAGCUAAGGGCACUCUAUGUAAAUAGUUCAGUCUAAACGCCAAUGACGUAACAGUUUUCGGACACUGUCCUGGAAAUUGUUAUUGAUGGUAAGCAAUGUUUGAAUUUAGCACAAUUCAAAAAUAAAAAUGGUCACCAAAUCA